GCGGACGAGGGCCGCUGGGCCCGGCCGGCUGAGGGCGCGGCCGCUCCGGAGAGGCGAGAGGGAGCGGCCCCGAAAUGGCCCGGCGAGCGGGCGCUUUGGCGGUGGGCGCCCUACGCGUGGGACAGCCCCGGGACGAGUAGCUGGCCGACGCCAGAUGGACCUUGAUCCGCGCCGCGGCACCGCGUUCGUGCCAAGCCAAGACUAGAAGGGCACGGGCGGAGCGCGCUCUGGGGGCGCCCGGAGUUCCAGGCCCCGCUCGCCCGCCGGGCCAUGAAGAUGAUCCUGGUGCGCAGAUUCCGCGUGCUCAUCCUGAUGGCGUUCCUGGUGGCCUGCGCGCUGCACAUCGUGCUGGAUCUGCUGCCCAAGCUGGAGCGGAGCGGAGCGCAGCCCUCGGGGGAACCCGGCUGCUCCUGCGCGCAGCCCGCGGCCGAGGCGGCGGCACCCGGCUGGGCCCAGGCGCGCGGACGCCCGGGGGAGCCCCCGGCAGCAGCCUCCGCCGCCGGCGACGCGGGCUGGCCCAACAAGCACACACUGCGCAUCCUGCAGGACUUCAGCUCCGACCCUUCCUCCAACCUCACGUCCCACUCGCUUGAGAAACUGCCACCCGCAGCCGAACCGGUCGAGGGCGCCUUGCCGGGGCAGGAUCCCGGCGCCCUGCGACCCUUAGACCCCGGUCACCGGCCGCUGCUCAGAGGCCACGGGACGCGUGGACCUGUGCCGCCCCCCGGCCCGAGCGGGGACGGCUCCCUCCUGGCCAGGCUGUUCCAGCACCCACUGUACCAGGCAGCCAUUCCGCCGCUAACGGAGGACGAUGUCCUCUUCAACGUGAACAGCGACAUCAGGUUCAACCCCAAGGCGGCGGCGGCGGCGGCGGAGAACCCAGACUGGCCACACGAAGGUCCUGAGGAUGAAUUCCUACCCACAGGGGACACGGCCGUGGACUCCUAUCCCAACUGGCUCAAAUUCCACAUCGGCAUCAACCGCUAUGAGUUGUACUCUCGACACAACCCAGCUGUGGAGGCCCUGCUGCGUGACCUCGGCGCCCAGAAGAUCACCAGUGUUGCCAUGAAGUCGGGGGGCACACAACUCAAGCUCAUCAUGACCUUCCAGAACUACGGGCAAGCACUGUUCAAACCCAUGAAGCAAAUGAGGGAGCAGGAGACACCCCCUGACUUCUUCUAUUUCUCCGAUUACGAGAGGCACAAUGCAGAGAUCGCUGCCUUCCACCUGGACAGGAUCCUGGACUUCCGCCGGGUCCCUCCCGUGGCUGGUAGGAUGGUCAACAUGACCAAGGAGAUCCGGGACGUCACGCGGGACAAGAAGCUGUGGAGAACCUUCUUCAUUUCCCCAGCCAACAACAUCUGCUUCUACGGGGAGUGCUCUUACUACUGCUCCACGGAGCACGCCCUGUGCGGGCGGCCAGACCAGAUCGAGGGCUCGCUGGCCGCCUUUCUGCCUGACCUGGCCCUGGCCAAGAGGAAGACCUGGCGGAACCCCUGGCGACGCUCAUACCACAAGCGCAAGAAGGCAGAGUGGGAAGUAGACCCUGACUACUGCGAGGAGGUGAAGCAGACGCCCCCCUACGACAGCAGCCACCGCAUCCUGGACGUCAUGGACAUGACCAUCUUCGACUUCCUCAUGGGAAACAUGGACCGCCAUCACUACGAGACCUUCGAGAAGUUUGGGAACAAAACGUUUAUCAUCCACUUGGACAAUGGGAGAGGGUUUGGAAAAUACUCCCACGACGAGCUUUCCAUCCUGGUGCCUUUACAGCAGUGCUGCAGGAUCAGGAGGUCCACGUACCUGCGGCUGCAGCUCCUGGCUAAGGAGGAGUACAAGCUGAGUCUGCUGAUGGCCGAGUCCCUGCGUAGGGACCGCGUGGCCCCCGUCCUGUACCGGCCGCACCUGGAGGCUCUGGACCGGCGGCUGCGCGUCGUGCUGCAGGCGGUCAGGGACUGCGUGGAGAAGAACGGGCUGCCCGGUGUCGUGGAGGACGACCUCAGCCCCGAGCACAGAGCCUCUGCUGGGAGGUAGUGACCGUGAGCCGUGGCCAGGCCAGCUGCCGGGGCACACGGGCCAACGCAGGAGCGGACGGGCUGCCCGGGGACGCGUGUCCUCACUUUCCAGACCAGGGCGGGCCGGCGGGAGCGCACUCCGCCCCCGUGGACAGAGGCGGCCUGGCGGCGGCCCACCACCCUUUUGUAUGGAAAGGAAGCCUUUACUUACUAUUUUGUAUUUAUACCUGGUGUAAAUGUACAUAAAUAGAGACAUCUAUGCAGACCCCGACCACCCAGCAAGUCACACGGAGGGCCACCCGGCAGGGCCAAGUGCCCCUGCGAAGGGCUCCCCCUCUGGACCGAACGUACAGUAAAAACUCUCCUCCCUGCCUGGGGCUGAGGUGUCUGGGGCUGCAGGAGGCUCCUGAGGCUGUCACGGACUCCCGUCGACAGAUGAACACCGUGUAGCUUUCGGGCGACGUGAAGGACCAAUCGUUACCUGGCUGCCCGGGCUGCCUCGGGGCACCUUCUGACUUGCUUCGGAAGCCUGUGCACGUGUGUGACACAGUCAUGUGGCCGGGCAGCUGGUUACUUUCACGGCAUCUUCGUGGAAGAGUUUGCAAUGUGGUAAAGGUGCAAUAAAGAUUCAGCAAGUG